AACUAAAUAAAAUAAAGCAGGCUUUAGGGAACUGUGUUUCCACACGGCGCGGUUUUGCUGUCGGACCACCUUCCGUCAAUGACGUGGUUCGUGUGGCUUUAGGGAGUUUUCUGCCGCUGCUGUACUGUGGAUUAUCUCUUCCCUCAGUUCACUUAUUUUUAUAACUCCAGUUUCCACUCCUGUUAGGUGCCUAGUUGCCUGUUUAUGUAUAUACUCAAGUGACACAGCUAAGAAAACAGUGAGUGAGAUUACCACAGCUAGGAGAGCUUCCCUUUCUCAUCCAGCCAGGUUGUUGUCAUGAAGCUCUACAGCCUCAGUGUCCUCUAUAAGGGGACCAACAAGUCCAGCUUGCUGAAAGCAGCUUAUGAUUUAUCAUCCUUCAGCUUCUUCCAGAGGUCGAGUGUCCAGGAGUUUAUGACCUUCACCAGUGCCCUGAUUGUAGAGCGCACCUCACAUGGGAGUCGGGCAUCUGUCAAAGAGCAAGAAUACCUAUGCCAUGUGUAUGUGCGAAACGACUCACUCAGCGGUGUUGUGAUUGCAGACAGCGAAUAUCCUCAGAGAGUAUGUUUCACCCUGCUUGAUAAGGUUUUGGAUGAUUUCUCCAAACAAGUUGAAAGCAGCGACUGGCCAUCUGGAUCUCCAGAUACCAUUCGAUACACUGCCCUGGACAGCCAUCUAGCCAAAUACCAAAACCCUCGCGAGGCAGAUGCAAUGACCAAAGUGCAGGCUGAACUGGAUGAAACCAAAAUCAUUCUGCACAACACAAUGGAGUCAUUGCUGGAAAGAGGGGAAAAGCUUGACGACUUGGUGCAGAAGUCUGAGCAUCUGGGAAACCAGUCCAAAGCCUUUUACAAGACUGCUCGGAAGCAGAACUCGUGCUGUGCAGUGAUGUGAUGUCAUUGGACUGAAUGGUUGGAUUUACCCCUUUUGGCCCAAUGCUCUACCACUUCCAGCAUCCCCAAUAACCCGAUUCCAAAACACAAACAGGGAGCUGGAGGUGAUCCUGAGAGUGGGUCUUUACAGACACUUCUGUCAGCAUAGAAAAAUAAUUUUGAAACGGUUCAACUGAGUCAAGCUGUUUCCAGCAGGUUUUAAGGGGCCGAUGUCCUGAAUUGUUCCAUAACCGUUUUUUCUCAUUUAUACAAUCUCCCUAAAAUGUAAGAUUGCAGUCUUUGUCAGUGUUGUUAUUGUCAUACCGUGUCUGAUCAGUGUAGUGAAACUGUAUACUUCUGCUCAGUUGGUCAUGCUUCAGCCUAAAGCUUAUGACCUCUUUCAUCCUUGGUGUGUUGCCAGUAUUCCUCUAUAUGAACGCAACACGGGGUGAGUGCUAUAGAGGCGCAAUCACUCUUCCCAGGUACAUGCACUGAAUGCGUACUAAUCUGUGUGCCUGUAGAUGGCGCUAUACCCUUAAACACUUUUUGCACAGUUUCUCCACACUGCUUUGACAGCCAUUCUUGGGACUUUAGUUCUGGACACCCUGGCCUAUUCUGUGACAUUUUCCUGACCAGUGCAGUCACAGAGCACUGUGGAAUGUGCAAAGGAUGUUUUAGGUGAAUGGUGCUUGGUCCUUUAGUAAAUCUCCAGCUCUGUACAAAACCUUCCUGGUCAUUUGAAUAGAAAUGCAGGAUGACUAAGUAGACAGGACAGACUUGAAAAUAUAUGGACCGUUCUUUAAUAUGGACCACAAGUAAAAAGCAUAGUACAGUUUAUAUUAUUACUAUUAGUACUUAUUAACAUUCCUACUAUGUGAGUUUGCUGAGCUUAACAUUGUUAAUGGUGGCUAUGCAGGGCAGACUUUAACCUACAAAACACUGACAGUUAUCUUAAUCUUGGAAUAACUUCUCCCCAUGGAUUAACCACCUUAGUAUUUAAUUAGGGUAAAACUGGGCCUGUUUAAACUCAGCAGAUGAUUUUCUGUGUAUGUGUGCGCAACAUUGCCAGCCUUAGAUAGUGUAUAUCCACAUGUCUGCCUGAUCAAGGCUGGCUGAAAACUGUCUUUCCAAGGUUACCCAUCUGGGCCAGAUACUUUCACCUAUACACUAAGGACAUAAUUUUUUCUUGCAUAUUUCCUUUAAUAUUUGGCCACUGCUGAAAUAUGUUUCAGUUCUUAUUUGGCCACAGCUUCCUCCGAAUAAAGUUAAGGCAAUAGUAGAACCUGGUACUUUAAAUGCAGCAAAGAAACAUUCCUGUUCUGUAGUUUUGAGUGAUUUUUUUAUUCCUCCCCCCCCCCCCCAUCCAUAUCAAUACCAGGGACUAGAUAUUUUUUUAAUAAAUGCAUCAAUAACGCAGUGAUCCUCUGAGUAGCUUUGAUAAUAAAAAGCUUUUGCUAGUCUUUGUUUCCGAAACAUGAUUGAAAGAGAUAAAUAGACAGGAACAGAAUCUCAACAAGGUGUAGCUCUGAGAUCAUUCUCACAAACAUAAUGCCGCAAAUGGCAACGUUUCUCACAUGUGUUUAUGAAAGGUGUCUGCAAUGCCACACAAGGAGGAGCUGCAAAUCUCUUCAGGCUUUGCUACUACAUCAUUCUUUCUAUUGUUAUGUUUGUUGAAGGAGAAAACAAACAUUUUCCAAAAUAAUCACGCCUGUAGAAGCACUUCUUGUGUUGCACAGCAAUGGCUUUAACUUCUAGCGGAUCCUGCAAACCAUGUCUGUUUCCAUUUGAGAAGUUUUGCAGUAAAUGUCUCCUUGCAACUAUUCAUAUGUAAUAAGUUUCAUAAUGGGUUGAAGCCGUAGGACACCUUAAAAUGUCUGCAGCAAAAUUUUCAGACAAAAAAUCACAUGCCUUUAAUACAAGGUUUUUCUUUCUUGUGUGAUUUUGAGAUUCCGUGUGUGUGUGUGCGCGCGUGCGUGUGUGUGCGCGUGUGUGCGCCUGUCCGAAUGUGCUUUCUUGGAUUUGUUGUUUGUUAAGUGCAGCUCACCAAGCAAUUAUUGCUGAUUGCUGUGCUCCUGGUGUGCAGCAUUUCUGCAAUCUAAUUUGUAUGUUGACUGUAAAGUUCUCUUUGUUACAUAUUUGAUGUCAAGUUUUUGGCCUUAGGGGACAGGUCUUGACACUUCACACAUACAUCUCUCCAGGUGCCUUUGAAUGAUGUCUCCAAGUAUCCAGCUUUGUAGGACAUUUUUGGAAUUCACUGGAAAUAAUUUUUGUCAUGUGAUGAUGCAGUGUUGUCAUGGAAAUAUAACGUUAUUGCUGUUCAAAGAAAAAAAGGCGACUUUGGGAGUUCAUAUAUUUAAGAUGGGUUACUUAAUUGGACGACAAUAUUGUGAGAGGCAGUGCAGGUAUACUGUCUCGCAGCAACAUGUCACAACACGUGGUGUAUCAGAAAUCAGACUUACCACACUGCAAGCUUUUAUAGGCAUACAUGAAGAACCUUCUGGUACCACAUUCAGUAUGCAGUAGGAAUCUAGUCUUCAGACUGGAAAUCAGAAGUUAGUCAUUAGACAGCAGUAGUGUUUAAUUUCAAUAA